GAUGGUGAUACCUCCUUGGGAGAAGGACGAGCACCCGCACAUGAAAUCCAGAGGCUUUACUCUGGGUCAUGUUGACGCUGAACUGCGGAAGAAGAUUCACAAGUUGCCAUGGGAGUUGGAUGACGGAGACAACUCGAAUCCCAAGGAGUCUCGCACUUUCGACCUAAAAUAUCCAGAUAACAAAUGGAAUGGAAGCCCUUGGAAUCGCAAACCUGGAGCCAACAGAUCCAUGACUCCGCCGCCACCGAGGCCUAAGAUUAUUCGAGAGGCAAUGUCCUGCGCAGCUCCUUUUGCUACAAAAGAUAACAUGGUCAUAGUAAAGUAUGGAGAGGGCAAGCCAAGUCUAUACAACAACAUAUUGCGGCGCAGACAGAGAGCCGCGAAGCCCUUUGUGGAAACGCACUGUCCAUUUGAACGGGAUGAGUAUGACCCCGCAGGAAAAUUACCGAAGAGGCCUAACGUCUUUCCAAGGGAUAUAAACACGUAUAAACCUUGGCCCAUUCCUCAUGCGGAGGAGAAGAAGUUAAUAGAUGGUCUACCCCUUCAUUGUGAUUUGAAGGAAGGACAUCAAGUGUUACGAAAGGAUGUUGAAUUCUAUCCCGGCGAUCCAACUAAGAAACCCGCUGCCGGUGACGUCGAACGGGUGGCCCAUCCUCGGAAGCAAAUUUCAUAUCCACGCGACCCUGCAACUCUGAAUCCAUUCCCCUACGGAACUCUUCGCGGAACUUUUCAUUUUGCAGAUGAGCCUGCCGACAAGAACCAGAAAUAUUAUGACCAAAAGCAAGGUCAUAGAAAUGGAUGGCAGUUCUAUCCAGGCGAUCCUUCGAAAAUGCCUGCUGCUGGUCAAAAGCCUCCACCCAAAUUAUUAUCUGCGACUUGCGAUGUUAAUGCUGCCUACUAUUUCCACUAAACAUGCCAUUCAUGCACAAAACUAAGUUCUUUUCUAGCAUUUGGAACUCAAGUAGUUUUGUCUUGUGGUAAGAACAAGGUGGAAAGUAUCACCAGUUUGGGGUCAUUACCGCAGACUUUUAACUUCGCUGCGUUUUGUCGUUCUCAGUUCGGCAAAUGCUAAGUUUAAAGAUGAAAAAGCUACAUGCUUUGUUUAUCACCGCAACACUUCUGCAUCUCGCUAUUCGCACGAGAACAGAUCAGUUCAUUCACUUUUCUUUGUAGUUCAUUCAAGUUGAUUCCUUGGCUUCAAGCCUUUGAUUGCGUUCAGCAGCGAGAGCUUCCUGAGCAUCUGAGAUUGGAUUGCGAGUUGUCAUACACCACUUUGUGAAACGACAUGAAUUUGGGUGGAUAAGAAAACAAUGAUGAAAUGAGCAAUUGAUGGUUUUGGUAUGGAAAAGAUUUUGUUUCACAAUAGAAUGUGGUUUAGGUGUUACAAAUUCUGAAUUUGGAAUAAGAUUAAAAGUGGCAUUUUUAUGGGUUUUUGUGCAUUAAUAUAAUAUUUUGAAUUUUUUUUAUUUGUUUCUCUUCUAAUAAAUUAUAUCCUUUAAUGGAUUUCAUAGUG